UACGCACGGACGCACGCGUUCUCAGCUCUCGGGGCUCGGCGCGGCUUCGCGGUUGCCAUGGCUGCUCGGGUCCGCGACAGCUGCCGGGAGGAUGCACAGGCCUGCACCCGCUAACCCACCGGGACCCGGAAGACGGAAGGCGGAAGGAGUCCGGCGCGCCCCAAGGAGCCACCAGCUGCUGACCUGGAACCAUGGCGCUGAGCCACUCAGUGAAGGAGCGGACCAUAUCUGAGAACAGCCUCAUCAUCCUGUUGCAAGGCCUCCAGGGCCGGGUGACCACGGUGGACCUGCGGGACGAGAGCGUGGCCCAUGGACGCAUAGACAAUGUGGAUGCUUUCAUGAACAUCCGCCUGGCCAAAGUCACCUACACGGACCGGUGGGGUCAUCAGGUGCUGCUGGAUGACCUGUUCGUGACAGGCCGGAACGUGCGCUACGUACACAUCCCCGAUGACGUGAACAUCACCGCCACCAUCGAGCAGCAGCUGCAGCUCAUCCACCGGGUGCGCAACUUCGGCAGCAUGGGCAAGGGCCGCCGGGAGUUUCCCUCCAAACGCCACAAGUGAGGAGGCUAUACCCUCUGCAAGCUCCAACUCAGGUUCCUCCAGUGUUCUCCCGAACCAGCUUCCCAGCAUCCUGCUCUUCCCAGAGCUGAGGAAGGGAGCAGGGCGAACCCACAAACUGGUGUCCAGCAGACACCCCUUCACAGCUGCCUCUCUUGGGGUUCCACCUCCCACGAAACUGGAAUCCCAUCUCUCUGUGGCCUUGGGGCACGGGAUGGUCCCCCUGUCUCAUCAUUUGCAUCUGAGCCUUUGGUUUACUGAUUCUGAACCCCUUCUCGGAGAGGAUUAUGAGAUGGGCUUGGUUUGAGCCCUUUCCAGGUAUUCCCAUUGCUUUUGCAGUUAUGGUGAUUUUCUCAUAAAAUCCAACUUGUCUAGCCACAAAUCCAUGCCUCGUGCUUGUUCAGCCAUGUGUGCAUGAGGUCUGGGUACCGGGUCUCUAACUGGCUGCAUGUUAGAAUCUCCUGUCAAAUCUUUAGAUUCAUAUUUUCUUGACAGGGAAUGUGGCCCAAGCGUUAGGACUUUUUUUUUCUCUUAGGGACUGGAGGAAGGGUCUUGCUCUGGGGCAUUGAUGGUCCUUCUGUGUGCUCAGCAGGGGAAACCAGGGGCUGUCUAGGGUGGACAGCCCAGAGUCCUCAGUGUCCUGGGUGGGCCCUGAGCCAUUCCUGGAUAAAGCACUGAAGAAAGAUGGCAAUGAAGGGAAGCAGCCUUGCCAAGAUGCCCCAAGGAUAUGGGUCUUUUGUUGUCCCGAGUUACUGGACCCAGGUAGGCGCUCCAUGCCACCAGCCCACAAUCUCCGCCUGCCACUGAUCAUCCAUGUCAAAGGUGGUAAUUCUUUAAUACAUACACACAUACUUGAAAGGAAGAGUGACCGAGAUCUUCUGUCCAUUCAUUCACUGCCUUAAAUGGUCACAAGACAAGACUUGUCCAGGCCAAACCAGGAUCUUGGCUGGGUCUCUCACGUGUUUCUAGAAGGUAUGGGCCCUUGGACCCUCUUCUUCUGCCUUCAGGCACAUUGGCAGGGAGCUGGAUCCAGAACAGAGCAGUGGCCACAGGAACUGAUAUUCUGAUGGAGGACCCAACGUCACAGCCAGCUCAGCCAAUUCUACAAGUUAAUUCUUGAGCUGUGAGUAUGUAUCAGGCACGUGGGGAUGUACAAAGGUCUUACCCUAAGGGAGUUGAUACGCAAGCAGGAAAGAUUGAGGAUAAAACAAAGUAAGCCUUUUUACACAAAUAAAACAGGAAAUAAGCAGAGCACUUAGAAAACAGGUGGUUUUCUUCUGGCAAGUGUGGUCUGAGGAAGUGAAAUUUAAACUGAAAAGGAACCUGCCAUUUGAAGAGCCUAGAGAAAGCCGCAGCGGAAACUGCCAGUGCAAAGGUGCCGAGGUGGGAAAGCUUGGGAGUUGGGGCAGUGAAGAGAUGCAGGUGAGCGUGGAGAAGGGGAGGGGCUUUGGAUGAGCAGUGUAGUUGAUUGCCCUGUGGAGAGUAGAAGUUGAGGGGCUGGUGCUGUGGCACGUAAAGCCGCUGUCUGCUGUGCUGGCAUUCCCUAUAGGAACCAGUUUGAGUCCUGUCUGCUCCACUUCCAUCCAGCUCCCUACUUGUGGCCUAGGAAAGCAG